AUGACCAAGACCAAGGAAAAUAUUUUGCAAUGUGUUUGAACGAGUUCAGACUUGUAUCCUACUGUAACCAAAAUGGAGCUCGAACUUCCAGAAGUUAGAAGGCGAUCAAUACGACGCCGAGAGGUCUUCAUUGUCGUUCUUUUGGUUGUCCUUUUCUCAACUGCGGCGUUUCUUAUUGGCUAUUUCGCAAUGAAGGCUGAGAAAAACGCUGUAAUAUGCCGACCAGGCAAUGGAGGAGAUAAUAACGGCAACAAAACCAAACCCACUCUUCCAUCCAGCAAGGAAAAGUACCAUGACAUGUUUCAAGAGGAAGUACAGGCCAAAAACCUCGAAGAAAACCUCAGGUUCAUUACAUUAGAGCCUCAUAUGGCUGGAUCGCGGCGUCAACGAGAACUUGCUGAACAUAUAGCAGAAAAAUGGAGGGUGUAUGGGUUUGAUAAAGUGGAAAUGCCGGAGUACAUAGUACCACUCUCUCUCCCUCAAGAAGACAAACCAAACAAAGUAGAGGUGUUUGUAAACGGAACGAAAUCGCUGACAAUUCUGGGAAAAUUAAAGGCAAAAUCUGAGCCAACUGCCAAGAAAGCAUUUGACUAUUUUCCAUAUUUUGCAUACUCACCGAACGGAACUGUUGAGGGCAAACUCGUAUAUAUUAACAAAGGAUCCAAAGAUGACAUCGAUCUCCUUUUAAACCGCACUAAUGUAUCUCUAACAAACAAAAUUGUCAUCGGAAGAGGAAUUCAUGCACAGACUGACUAUGCGGUCGAACUCGGAGCUGUCGGAGCCCUUAUAUUUCCGGAUGUGCACUCAUCUAGACCAAAUGGUACUUAUCCCUACUCGUCAAAGGUCUCUGGCGAUGCUGUUUUCGAAAGACCAGAGGCUGCAAACUUUGGUGACCCCCUCACUCGUGGAUUGCCAUCUACUAAAGGAAUGUACCGAGGACCAAACAAUUUGACUGUCUUCGCAGCAGUUCCAACACAGCCAAUCUCUUAUAAUGAUGCUGUAGAGUUACUAAGUCACCUUCAAAGCAAUUUGGUUCCAAAAGAAUGGCAAACAGAACUUAAUGUCUCUUUCAGGAAUGCCACAGGUCUCACCAGCUCAGACACAACUGUGCGACUUUCUGUCAAUAACGUGGUAGAAACAAAAUCUAUCUAUAAUGUUAUUGGAACCAUUUAUGGUCUUGAGGAACCCGACAGAUAUGUAUUAAUCGGCAGCCAUCGAGAUGCUUGGUUUUUGGGAGCCGCAGACCCCUCAAGUGGCACCGCAGCUCUACUGGAAAUAUCACGAGCUGUCAGCGGGAUGCUUCGAGAAGGAUGGAGACCUCGACGCACUUUGAAGUUCUGCAGCUGGGGGGCGGAGGAGUUUGGCCUGAUUGGCUCAAUAGAAUGGGUAGAACAGAAUCAAGAGAUACUAUCUGAUAGAGGCGUUGUUUAUUUGAACACAGACGUGGCUGUUGGUGGUAACUACGUUCUAAUAACCCAAAAUUGCCCCCUUCUCUCGACAGCCAUAUUUGAUUGGGCUAAGAAAGUAAAAGAUCCCAACGCGUAUGGGAAUAAAACCAGUCUAUAUGACAUCAUGGUGGAUAGAAUGCCUUCUUCCAGCAAUCCCAGCGAACCUUAUGUUGUACCAUACCUUUUUCUCAGUGAUUACUUUCCUUUUUAUUUGUAUUUGGGGAUACCUUCCGCUGAUUUCAGCUACUUCUAUGGGCGUAACAUGGAGCUGUAUCCCGUCUACCACACGCAAGAAGAUAACUUCUAUUGGAUGAAAACAUUCAUCGACCCAAAGUUUGAAUUUCACGAGGCUGUUACAAAAUUUGAAGGAGGACUGCUGAUUGAACUGUCAGACACACCUAUUUUGCCAUUCGAUGUCACACGUUACGCAAAUGCGUUACUAGCCGGUUAUAAAUCACUUCCCAAAGAAAUGCAUAACGAAAGCCUUCCGACUGAGUAUAUUCAAAAAGCAAUUUACAACUUCAUGGAAGCCAGCCACGCUUUCGAACGAGCCAAGUCAAAACUAAAUCCGGAUACUACUGAUCCAUUACGCAUACGCAUGGUCAACGACCAAAUGGUGCAAAUCGAGAAGGCUUUCAUCAGUUCUUCAAUGCUCUCAGAUCUUUUUCUUUCCAGUCACUUGUUUUCGCGCACAGCCUUUCCCUUCCCGGGGGUUUUGCAGGCACAUAAAAACGGAAAAGGAAACAUAAAUGAAGUGAAAAAGCAGAUGUCACUAGUUGUAGAGGCGAUAUCGUCUGCGGCGGAAAUAUUAAAACCACUACCUACCUAGGAAAGCAGAUACAAUUAAAGACCAUCAACAUGCGAGAUUUUUUCUUAAGCCUACACUAGAACUUUUCAACGAAGAAACCUUGUCUAAAAGGGGAAUAGAUUAGGCUUGAAAUAAUUUGGAAGGAAAAAUGGUUGGUUUCCGUCUUUCAAUUUUAAGUGAGUAGUCCCACAAAACCGAAAAAUACAAUACUUCAGGGUUCUAAGAUGGUGAGCCGGUAACGUCAAAUUUAAGGGCUAUCCUCAAAACUACAAGGAUCUUCCAUUUUACAGGAUAAAAGCAUUCCUUUUGACAUGCAACGUUUAUCAUAUCAUAUACAAUGGCAGUUACUAAAGGUUAGCUCUAACAAUAACAUGAUGAAAGAGCUCUCAAAAUUUUGAUUGCAACACCUCUAAAGAAGUCUUUGUAUCUAAAAUGUUAUAUUUCUUCUCGCUCUCCGAGCUCGAACACGAGAAUUUUACCACCCCACUGUACUCAAUAUGUACCGUCCAAAUGUCUAUCAUUGCUCUCCGUUGAGAGCUCCUUUCUUUACGUCAUGAAAGAAAUAUAUUAUUUUUUAGCUACUUUAUAGGUGCAAAAGUAUUAACUUUUUAAAACUGUUUGAAACAGUUUUAAAAAAUCGCUUGCUUCUUCGAGAGUCACGGGUUGCUUGGGAUUAAUGACUUGAUGAGUUACAGAUCGAUACAAAACCGAUCAUGUUUACCAUAUGGAAUUGAAAUUUUAAAAAUGAUACAGAUAAAUUCAUACAUAUGAACUUUCAUCGACAACAGUAACUGAAAUAAAUGUGGAUUACAGACUAAAUUCAUAAUUAAGCUUUUCACAGAUUGGUUCCUUCAACACACCUUAUCAAGACACAAUUUUAGUUCAUCUAGAGGAAAGCCACUCAAUUUUACUGCUGCCUUUCGAAGCGUUGAUUAUCAGCUAGAAGAAAGUAACCGCAAGCAAACCUGUUUUGGUCGAUCACGGUGGCCUGGAAUUAUCAAGUUCAUGUACUGGGAAUAACUUUUCAAAUUGCUUUUGCCGAUGGAAAUAAAGAUGAAAGUAAAAGGAAAUAUAACGAAGACAAUUUAGAAUAAACAUCA